GUUUCAUUUCUGCAUUUAUCGACUGCUAUCGUAAAAGCCUACGACUUGACGAAUGAUGAUGAUGACAACGACCAAGCCAUCUCUUGAAGGCCUACCAGUGGAAUUACAAAUCUGCAUCUUGUUUAGACUUCAGGACCUGGAUUCUCUGCGAUCCCUAGUCCUUGCAUCGCCUGCUUAUUAUCAGGCUUAUCAUUUGGUUAGAGAUGAGCUCCUCCUGAGCAUCCUGCGAUGUUCACGCGAUGACCUUGUGGACGCUGCAGACGCAGUAGCUGCCGUCCGCUCCAAAGGUCUGUACGCUUGCGAGCUAUCAAACCGGGAAAGGAUCAUUGCCCUCUUGGAUAGUCGACGACGAAGCAAAGAGAUCCGCUACCUAGGCUUAUUGUCUGGACCCUUUCCUGACGAGCCGGCCAACGUUGAAGAGACUAUUCAGUUAUUACAUCUCCAUAGAAGAGCCACUUUUCUCCUUGACGAUUACUUAAGGACUGCGAGAUGUCCGGAGUGGAUGCCCACAGAGAAAUGGAAAAACGAAAUUUUGCCCCUACGCCUAUCUAGGACGGAACAAAGGCGUUUUUUCCGAGCAUUCUAUCGGAUGCAGAUCUGGGGCAAUAUAUUCGCCCACAUCGAGCUUCCCCUGGGCGCAGGCCGUCCGAAAGAGGAGAACUACUGGUUUAGCCCCCCUGAGGGAGUCCCACCUGUGUUCGAAGACGACGAAGUAUGGCGUCUUUUCUUCGGGACCAUGGCGCCGUGGGAGGUGGAUGAAAUUGCCUGUUUCUGGAGACAUUGCUACCAUCGAUGGGCGGAGCCAUAUUUCGAGGCAUCCGACAACUUUUUAUCUUAUGGUGUUACCUUUAUCUGCGAUAUGCCGCCCGACGAGAAACCUCCCUUGACACGUUUCUGGGACGACUGUGACGAUCUCAAACGUAGGGAAGACGACAAUAGAGAGAGUUUAGCCUGCAUGGGACCGUCAUUUCUUGUCAAGAUGCUUCGUGAACGGAAUGCCCGGGCUCGGCGAGACCUAGUCAUCGCAAAUGCCAUAAGUUUCCAUCACUUCUUCGAGGACUUUUGGUCCGGGAUGGAUUUUGCAAUGCAAGGAGCGCUGCCCCUACUCUACCCCGCAGAUAGAUUCAACUUUGGCACGGACUUUGACGGACUCAAGGAGUUUUUGAACACCCUGCCGCAGCAUGAACGACCUAAUGUCGCCUGGUCGCAGUUGUGGCUGGGAGAAGGGCAGGAAUACUCAGAGGUAUUUGUGGAUAUGUUCAGCUUUAGCUCAUCUUAUUCGUGUUGGGACUGGGGAUUUGCUUUAUGGAGUGACGAAAGGCUGAUUGAAUGGGGAGCACUGGAUCAGCCCUGUAUCAGGAGAUAGGUAUACUAACUAACCCUAUACCCUACGGGUCUCAGAAGUGUGAUGGCCGUGUGCUAUGAACUUGAAACCGUCAAUACCAAGUUGGAUGGACGCCAACGUGCCUAUCUUUGAAGAUUGUUAGCCUC